AUGAUUCUUGCUGAAGGUCGAAAAUCUUUGAGUAAAAGUCGAAAUGUUCAAUUGCCAAUAACUGAUAUUUCGGUGAGUCUUCUUUCAAAAUGUUUGAUAAUGCGUAUAUUUUAUCAUGACUGAUAGAAUUAUCGAUUUCCUUCGUUUUAUCAUUUUUACAUUUCAUUGAAUGUUGUAAGAAUGAUUAUGUUUCAGCAAAAUGAAAAUAAUAACUCAUCGAAUAACUAUAUCAGUAAUACUCCUAUCAGUCAAGAUAUUCGAAAUCGAAAACAUGUUUCAACUAGUCAAGAUACUAUAAAUGGAAUUAAAACAAUUCGAAUCUAUACAUCUAUGUUCUCUGAAUUCGACACAUUCAAAGAAGUUGAAAUAUUUGGAAAUCAAACAAAUUCCGAAUGUUUGAAAGAUAAAUUGAGUGCUCUUUUUGGAAUUGAUCCUUUUGUUUUCAAAGAAGUUUUCUCAAUUUGGGUCGUUUCGGAACUUUUUGGUGAGUCAUAUUUUCUAUUCAAAUAAAGAAUAAGUUUAUUUUCAAUUCAUUUUUUUGCAGAAGUUCAAAUAAAACCACAUCAUAGUCCUUAUGAACUUCUUGCUUCUUGGCCAGCACUUCUUGCAAAAUAUGUUGAUAAAUAUGAUCCAAAUCGAAAUGAUGAACCAAUUAUAAUGUUACGAAGAAAUGUUCAUUUAUCAGCGGAAAGAGAGCUCGAAAUUAUAUCAAAAAAUGAUAUUUGUGCGAAACUUCUUUUAACUUAUGCAAAAGAAUCACUUCUUUUGGGUAGAAUUCAAUUUGCGGAAUUUGAUGAUUUAUUACGAAUAACUGCUAAACUUAUUGCUAUCAAUAUUGAUUAUGAUGAAUUAGAAGCUGAAAAUUGGGUUCGAGAAAACUUGGCAAAUUAUUUACCAGAAAAAUAUUGUGAAUUAAUAACUGGAAAAACAAUAUUCGGAAAAACAAUAAGAAGAUCAGAUAAAUUCGAUAAACUUUUAUCAAUUUGGAAAAAGGAAUCAAAAAAUACAAAUAAUAUCGAUAUUUUGAGAGAUCUUUCGGAAUGUUCAUCUUCUUACGGCGCUUGUUGGUUUGAUGCUUUUGUUGAAAAAAAGACAUCACGUGUUAGUGUCAAAAGUUUAGGACAAAGUUAUAAAAAUGUGAAAGCAAAAGUUGCUAUUAAUCAAGAUUGGAUAACUAUAAUUGAACAUGGAACAGAUGAAUUAUUAUUGUUGCAAAAUAUUUCGGAAAUGACGUGGCAAUUGAAUUCCGAAAACAAUGAAAAAGUUAUUGUUUUUAAUUUUAAUGAAGAACCGAGUGGAAGUGGAGAUGAAAAACAAACUGUUAUUCCAAUUGAAGAUAAUAAUGAUAAUGAAAUCACUUAUUUUUUGAUGGUUAGUUUAUUUUCUUGAGUCACCUUAAUUCCAAAUAACUUUAUUUUUUCAGAUUUUUGGUCAUCAAACAGUUCUUAUCGAUGUUCUUCUCCAAUCAUUGCUAAAACAGAAAGAACGUUCACCUUCUGUUAGUAAAAAAGAUCUUUAUUACAAAAUUCAAAAAAUCCUGAUUCCCGAAAUUUCAGACAUCAUCUUCAUCAUCCGAUUCUACAACUUCUUCUGAAAGACAUUCAAUAAUAGUUCGAAAAUUGAAUUGUGAUCGUCUUUGUCUGGCGAAAUUCGAAAAUGGAACAUGUAAAAAUGUAAAUGGUAGUUUGAAAAGCCUGUAUAAACCAGGAACAUGUAUAUAUUGA